GUUGUGCAGCUGCUGCACAGAUAUCUAUGGAGCUUUUAGCUAAUUCUCUGUAGGUAAUUUAYGUGUCGGAGCUGCCAGUUGUUCUGACCUGUUCCUGUUCACAAGACCUAAACAAGCUUUUACUCCUGGUAAAAAAAAAACAACAACAACCUUUGCUGUUUGUUAUUGUUAGCAUCUGCCUGCCGGUGUUCAGCCCGUGUCCAGCCCGCCGAUGUGGUGGAUGCAGCCUGGUGAACUCACACCAUUCCUGACGGAGGAAAAAAAGACAAAAAAGAAAAUUAGAGAGCGCUUAACAAGAAUUUACAAGACAAUUCAGAUUUAGAAGAGUGAAACAUCUACGAGACAACACAACUGAGCAAACCUGAGUGCAGUGAAAUGAGCAUUACUGAGGAGGAGCCAGAUGUUGAACUAAGGGCAGACUGGACAGCAGAGUGACUCACCUCCUCCUCCUCUUCAGGUCACGCUCCGGUGAGAAGCUGCUGCCUCCUCGGGUUGUGUUGUUUGUUUUUAGCAACGCUUGCCUGCGGAUAUUUCAGCCUAACCCGGGGUUUUUCCUCUCGUGGUUGUCGAAGCGAAGACUACCGCUGCGGAGCCCCAGCGAGCGGAGAGAACAGGCGAAAGCACCGAGUGACGGAAAUACACGACGAGGAGUGACUGUCAGUUCCAGGCCCUCUGUGAAAGGAUGAUGGCCGAUGCCGGCGAUGACCUUCUGUCUCGCAGCAAUGGAGGUCCCUGUCCUGUAAGCACUGGUGGAAACCCCCCGUCCUGCAGCAGCCAGGACCCUCUCCCAGCAGAAGGAGAUGAAGACACAGGAGUUCAUCUGCACAGAUCACACAUCGAGAAAGAAAACGGGCCGAGUCCGAACGGCGGAGUUCUCCAACAGAAUGGCUCCCCGAGGAAUCUCCCCCCGCCGUCAGCAGCUUCUCCCUCCCCUGCUGUUAAAGACCCCCAAAAACCUGGCAGGCGUCACGUCCCCUCCAAGCUGUCCCCAUCAUCUUCCUCUCCUCCACUCUGCCCCCACUGCCAUUUCCACUCCACCCUGUGCUGCCCCUGCGGUCAGUCGGAGUGCCCACUCUUCCAGAACCCCACCUCUGACCCCCACCAAGGCACCGCUACAUCCUGCCCAUGCUGCCUCUCUGCUUGCACCUACUCUCACCCUCAUCACCCGUCCUCCCCCGCCCCUCUUCACCACCAUCAUCCGUCCUCCCCCGCCCCUCUUCACCACCAUCACCAGCGCUGGCACCUGCAGAGUCCGAUACACGCAGCUGGAAUCAGUUACGCAGAGCUGAUUGCCGACUGGCCGGUGGUUGUGCUCGGGGUGUGCACGGUGCUCAUUGUGGUUUGUGCCUUAGUGGGCAUCCUAGUGCCAGACCUGCCAGAUUUCUCUGACCCGCUUCUGGGUUUCGAGCCUCGAGGAACUGCAAUUGGCCAGCGACUUGUCACAUGGAACAACAUGGUCAAAAAUACAGGCUACAAAGCUACUCUGGCCAACUACCCCUUCAAAUAUGCUGAUGAGCAAGCCAAAAAUCACCAAGAACCCAGAUGGCCAGAGGACCACUUUGAAAGAGACAAACGGCAGGCUGAGUGGGACUUCAGUAAAGAUUUCUUCUGUGAUGUGCCAGGUGACAGCUACUCUCGGUUGGUGUUCACAUCAGCUGAAGGAAAGAAUCUGUGGAAUAUUCAGGCCAUCAAAUCAAUGUGCAAUCAGGACAACACAAGAGUGCGCUCCCAUCGUGACUACUGGAGUCUUUGUCAGCGCACUAACGAUGCCUCUUGUUGUCCCAGCUGGACACUUGGGAACUACAUCGCUGUUUUACAAAACAAGUCUUCCUGUCAAAAAAUCACAGAACGAGAUGUGACCCAAACUCUCAAAAUUCUGCGCUCAUGUGCCAAGCACUACCAUAACGGCACGCUCAGACCUGACUGCUGGGAUAUGGCACUGCGACGGAAAGAUCAGAUGAAAUGUGCUGGCGUGCACCGAAAGUGCACCAAGUACAACGCCGUCUACCAGAUCCUUCACUUCCUGGUGGACAAAGACUUCCUCAGUCCUAAGAGUCUGGAGCAUCCGCCACCUGUUCUCAAGCACAGCAUGCUCUUCUCUCCCACAGAGAAGGGGGAGUCCAUGAUGAACAUUUACUUGGACAAUUUUGAGAACUGGAACUCCUCUGAUGGUAUCACCACAGUCACAGGGAUCGAGUUUGGCAUCAAACACGACCUCUUCCAGGAUUACCUUCUCACUGACACAGUGUACCCCGCCAUAGCCAUCGUCAUUGUACUGCUGGUCAUGUGUGUCUAUACGCGCUCGGUUUUUAUCACUCUUAUGACUAUAAUCGCCAUCAUCAGUUCACUGAUAGUGUCCUACUUCCUUUAUCGAAUGGUCUUCAAKUUUGAGUUCUUCCCCUUCAUGAACCUCACUGCCCUCAUUAUCCUUGUUGGGAUCGGUGCAGAUGACGCGUUUGUGCUUUGCGAUGUGUGGAACUACACCAAGUUUGAUAAGCCUCAUGCAGAGUUGGCAGAGACUGUCAAUGUGACCCUGCAACAUGCUGCCCUCUCCAUGUUUGUCACCAGUUUCACCACCGCUGCAGCUUUUUACGCCAACUAUGUCAGCAACAUCACUGCCAUACGUUGCUUCGGUGUCUACGCUGGCACUGCCAUUUUGGUUAAUUAUAUUCUAAUGGUGACAUGGCUGCCUGCUGUGGUGGUGCUACAUGAACGUUACCUGCCAAACAUGUUCCCCUGCUCAGAGUCUGAACAGCAACAAAGAAGCUUCUGCUCCCAGAUGUUCUGGGUGGGUCUUUGUCAGAAAGCUAAUAAAUGUCUCUUUACAGUCUCUGAGGUGUCGAGGAUCUUCUUUGAGAAAGUGCUGCCCUGUAUCGUCAUCAGGCUGCGCUACCUCUGGCUCUUCUGGUUCCUUGCGAUUACAGUUGGCGGAGCAUAUGUGGUUUGCGUAAACCCAAAGAUGAAGCUUCCAUCCCUUGAGCUGGCAGAGUUCCAGGUGUUCCGAUCCUCUCACCCCUUUGAGCGCUACGAUGCAGAGUACAAAAAACUUUUUAUGUUCGAGAGAGUUAAUCAUGGUGAGGACCUCCACAUGCCGAUCACCAUCAUUUGGGGGGUUACCCCCGUGGAUAACGGAGACCCCCUGAACCCCAAAAACAAAGGAAAGCUCAUGUUGGAUACCAGUUUCAACAUAGCUAGUCCAGCUUCUCAAGUGUGGAUCCUCAACUUCUGCCAGAAGCUGAGGAACCAAAGCUUUGUCUUCCAGUCAGAGGAUCAGGACUUCACCAGCUGCUUCAUUGAGACAUUCAAACAGUGGAUGGAGAACCAGGAUUGUGAAGAGGCCUCUGUCUACCCCUGCUGCAGUCAGUCCACUUUCCCCUAUAAGCAGGAUGUAUUUGAGUUGUGCAUCAAGAGAGCCAUUAUGGAGCUGGAUCGGAGUACCAGCUAUCAUCUGGAUAGUAAGACCCCCGGACCUCGAUUUGACAUCAAUGACACCAUCAGAGCCAUAGUCCUAGAGUUUCAGAGUUCCUACCUCUUCACUCUGGCCUACGAGAAGAUGUACCAGUUCUAUCGCGAGGUGGACGCCUGGAUCACAGAGGAGUUACGUUUCGCUCCAGAAGGACUUAGCCACGGCUGGUUUGUCAGCAACCUGGAGUUCUACGACCUCCAAGACAGUCUGUCCGGUGGCACUCUGAUUGCCAUGGCGCUGUCAGUGGCUGUGGCUUUCAGCGUCAUGCUGCUCACCACCUGGAAUGUCAUCAUCAGCCUGUACGCCAUCCUUUCUAUUGCUGGGACCAUAUUUGUCACGGUGGGUUCACUGGUUCUUCUUGGCUGGGAGCUGAAUGUCUUGGAGUCUGUUACCAUUUCUGUGGCCGUGGGACUGUCAGUGGACUUCGCUGUCCACUACGGUGUAGCCUAUAGACUCGCUCCGUUCCCGGACAGAGAGGGGAAGGUGGUUUUUUCCCUAAGUCGGAUGGGUUCUGCUAUUGCUAUGGCAGCACUGACCACCUUCGUUGCUGGAGCAAUGAUGAUGCCUUCAACCGUACUGGCCUACACCCAGCUGGGAAUGUUCAUGAUGCUGAUUAUGUGCAUCAGUUGGGCCUUUGCCACGUUCUUCUUUCAGUGCAUGUGCCGCUGCCUGGGACCCCAAGGCACCUGUGGUCAGAUCCCCCUGCCCAAAAAGCUGCAGUGUCAGACCUUCAGCAAAGCCACCAGCGUCCCCCCAUCUCAGGCCAACAACUCUGGCCUGGGGACAUAUCAGCUGGGGGGAGGGGAGGUGGAGCACUACGAGCUAGAACCACUGGCCUCGGGGCAACAAACUGAAGAGAAACCACAGGAACACGAGCUGGGUACUCAGCUCUUUAACGGAAUCCUUCCUCACCACGCUGCACCUUUUUUACACAUUCAUUGUAAGAGCACUGACACAGAUGGUUCUGUCCCAGAAAAUGGGCUUGUAGCCACACUGAGUCCACCAUCCAGGUGCCAGUACUCUCAUAACACUAACUGUACAUGUGAGGAUCCCCCUCUUCACUCGUUACAACAGGGGACCCCUCAAUCCUGUCCACAGCCUCCCAGAGACUCCCUGUCCUGUCCUCCCACCCCACAGCUCUUCCACCACUCAGGCAAACACAACAAAGCCCUCUUAGACCCAGUCUACACACACAUGGAGUGCCGUUUGCACUUUGUCCACUGCCCCCUCACUCAUUUCCAUCACUGCUCCCAGGGAAGACCAACGCCCCCCAGGCAAGGACCUGUUCAUACCUGCCAUCUCAGAAAGUACUCUGUCCACUCGAAACCCCUCACCCAGAACCAGGACACAACUCCAGCACAAACCUCUGAAGAAGUAAACCCUUUAAGACCCGACAGUAGCCAAAGUGUUGGCCAGUCAACCCCACCUCCCACUCAGUGCCCCCACCCCUCAGCACACACAUCCUGUCCCAACAAACAGAGACUGGCGGAUUGUGAGUGCUGCCGUGGUGAACAUCCUGCCUCCACCACGACCACAGACCUAACCUAUACCAGUGCUCAUAACGUUCCUGGCAACCAGGAGACGCURGGAAAUAUUCCCGUCACACGGGAGAAAAGUGUCAAAAAGUGCGAGGAGAACUUGAAAAGAAAGCGGGCGUCUUCUGCCUCUCCAAAGAAACUCUAUUGUUUUAACCGGACGUUGAAAGUGAAGUGCAAUUCAGCUUCAGGGUUUAACGUGCCAAGAAGUGYGGCCGGCAUGCCUCCUGUCGUAGCAAACCCUAAUCCCUCCUCUGAAAGCCUUUUCUGACUGUAAUUUCAUUAAAAUAAAAACUCAUCACAAAUAUCGUCAAAAUUAAAAAGUGCAAACAAUAUUUGUGCAAUCCAACGAGAUGAGUUGUGUUAACCAAGUGCCUCUUUGUUUAGAUUUUAAAAUGAAAAGCACUGACCCACUAAAGGUUUUGUGCUCACCGGUUAAACACAGGCCAGAUUUGUAUUGUAAAACUGCUAAAACAACUCUGUAAACUGUAAAAUCAACUGUCUAAAGUGUUAAUAAUUGUAUUACAGUUGUGUUUCUGCACCAAAACCACUUUCUACAAUAUCUAAACUGUGGGAAGAAUAAA